AGAGAGAGAGAGAGCUCAUAACCAAACAAGCAGAGAGAGAGCGAGCACAGUCCCAUCUUGUCACUCUGCUCAGUAUCCACAACACGAAUAACCCACUGGACCCAAGAGGAAGAUGGUUCCAGUUAAACUCCUCAUCCUGGGAGCUCACAACACUGGAAAAACAGCGCUGUGUGUGCGUUUCAUUACCAAGCGCUUCAUCGGUGAAUACGACCACAAGAAGGAGGUCACCUACAGGUGCAGUCGGGCGCUCGACCACGAGGCGGUCGAUCUGGAGAUUUUGGAUAUCGCCUGUAAGGAGAACGCCGCGGCGUCCCUGGAGUCAUCCAUCCGCUGGGCGGACGGCUUCCUGCUGCUCUACUCCAUCACCCAGCGCCUCAGCUUCCUGGACGUCCCGCGACUCAAGAAGCUCAUCGAGCAGACCAAGCGGAGCCUGGUUGUGCCCACAGUGCUAGUAGCCAAUAAGGCGGACAUGGAAAUCGGCAGGGAGGUGACAACAGAGGAAGGACAGAGACUGGCCAAGGAGUUGAGGUGCGGUUUCAGAGAGCUGUCCGUUGCAGAAGCUGUUUUAGCAGUAGAAGCAGCUGUGUUUCAGCUCAUCAGGCUGGUCUUGGACCAGCAGCGUCCUCUGCCGGACCGCCGCUCCUACAUGCUGACGGUGCGCCACGCUCUGACCAGGAAACUGACCCGAUCCAAGACCAUGCAGUGGUGACCAGACAGACAGUUCAUCAGUGGAAGGGAUUUAUCACGUCAUGAGAUGGAGAUGAAACAUUUGAAACACAACUUUACAGUCUCUGUGUAAAACGGAUGAUUUGGCAGAACACAAAACAAAAGCACAUGGGACCAACUAAAGUUUUCAGUUUUGGUUGAUUUAGGUAUCGGAUCAGCUCUCACUCUAUAAAAGCCUGGAUGAGAUUUCAGGCAGUUUAUCAGAGGAGAAAAACUGCUUCUUUUCUGGAGUAAAGUGGCCUAAAAUACACAUUCAGAUGGUGUUUCCUUUCAAACCUAUAUUUAUUUUAUACAAGAACACUAGAACACUGCGUGUGUGGGGAAAGCACACAUACUGUAGAUACAGGUUUCUCUCAUCACAGGCUGAUUAAGCAGCUGCACUCAAUAAAUAAUUACAUGUGCUCAGACAUUCCAAUAUACAGCAAAAAGCCUGUUUGCACACACACACACACACUGAGAGCUGCUAUU